GAUACCUCCCUCGGCUAAAAUUGUCAUUUAUCGAUCACCGGCCAGCCACAUCACUCUUCCCUGCAGCAACCCAGUCCUGUUCGAGCCCUGUUAUUCUCGCGCUUCCCCCACUCUCACUUAGCUCCGGAGUUUCCUCCCUAGCGACGCCGUCAACUUCGCGGUCCUCGGCUUCGGUGCUUCCAAUUUCAUCGCCAUCUGUUGCCAUCGUGUUCGCGAAUCACACGCUCGGACUGCCACGCACCCGCCGGAGAUGAAGGCUAAAAGCAUUCCUUUGGUCUUUUUUGACCAUAAAAGGGAUCCGUAUGGAUUUACUGUGCGACCUCAACACUUGCAGAGAUACCAAGAGUAUGCUAACAUCUACAAGGAAGAGGAGGAAGAGAGAUCAGAUCGAUGGAAGAAACUUCUUGAGAGCCAACCACAGCCCCACCAUGUUCUUGCCGCAGAGGAAAGUGAAGCUGCGUUGCGGAUCGAUGCAGCUACUGGAUUGGACGAAGAUCGAGAUCAUAUCGGAAAUAAAAUAAUUGACGGCGGCAAGGAAACUGCCGAGCGGAAAGAGCCAGUGGAAACCGAGGAGAGGGCACAUAAAAUUAAGAUUUGGUCUCAUAUUAGACCUUCUCUUGCUGCAAUUGAGCAGUUGAUGAGCCAUCGUGUGGAGAAGAAGACAUACUUGACAAGUGACAAGGGAGAUGCAGGGAGAGCUGCAAGCAGGGCUGAUCCGAGUGAACCUCCCAAGCCCUUGGAGGAUUCCGAGGACGAGUUUUAUGAUCUAGAGAGAUCGGAUGUGAACCAGGAGGUGUCUUCGGAUUACUGCAGUGGUGCUGAUUCAUCCUUCAAUAUGGAUAAUCUGGCAGCAGUGCUGGAGCCUUCUACCCUUUGGAAGGAAGAACUGGAAUUCCUUGUUCGUGGUGGUCUGCCAAUGUCUCUUAGAGGAGAGAUAUGGCAGGCCUUUGCUGGCAUUAGAAAGCGCAGAGAGGAAGGGUAUUACCAAAAAUUGCUGGGUUCAGGAACCAACAUUGUUGAUAGCAAUAAAGUUGAUGGUCUUGCUUUGAAUGAUGCUACUGUUGCCCCAAAGAAACGGAAUGCAAGUCCAUCUGAGAAAUGGAAGGGGCAGAUUGAGAAGGACUUACCAAGGACGUUUCCUGGACAUCCUGCAUUGGAUGAGGAUGGAAGAAAUGCUCUUAGGCGGCUACUCACGGCUUAUGCUCGGCAUAAUCCAUCCGUUGGUUAUUGCCAGGCUAUGAAUUUCUUUGCAGGUCUUCUACUACUGCUGAUGCCGGAGGAGAACGCGUUUUGGACAUUAAUGGCUAUUAUUGAUGAUUACUUUGAUGGUUACUACACUGAGGAGAUGAUUGAAUCUCAGGUGGAUCAGCUUGUGUUGGAGGAGCUAGUUCGUGGCAGAUUUCCAAAAUUAUCCAAUCAUCUGGAUUUCCUUGGGGUGGAUGUAGCAUGGAUCACGGGACCUUGGUUUCUUUCAAUAUUCGUGAAUAUGCUUCCCUGGGAAAGUGUUCUUCGAGUUUGGGAUGUUCUUCUUUUUGAAGGAAACCGUGUAAUGCUAUUUCACACAACUCUUGCUUUGAUGGAGUUAUAUGGUCCUGCCUUGGUAACCACAAAAGAUGCUGGAGAUGGGGUUACUUUAUUGCAGUCGCUCGCUGGCUCAACUUUUGACAGCAGCCAGCUUGUUUUAACAGCUUGCAUGGGUUAUCAAGAUAUUAAUGAAGAAAAACUUGUAGAGUUGAGAGAAAAGCAUAGGCCAACAGUGAUAGCUGUUCUAGAAGAGAGAGCAAAGGGUUUAAAUAUAUGGAGGGUCUCCCAGGGCCUUGUGUCGAAGUUUUAUGGCUUCAAACGAGAUGUGGGAUUACUUCCAACAGUAACAAAGUCUAUAAAGGAAUUAAAUGGUCUGCUAGGAUGUGGUGACAUGCACAUGAUGGAGUCUGUGGAUGGAUUCCUUGGAAGUUUUAAGUCUGAUCAUGAAACUGCUUCUGGACAUGAUCUUAAAGAACAGGUUACAUGGUUGAAGGCUGAGUUAUGCAGAUUAUUGGAGGAGAAGAGAUCAGCUAUCCUCAGAGCUAAUGAGUUGGAGGUUGCACUAAUGGAGAUGAUUAAGCAAGAUAACAGACGCCUUUUGAGUGCCAGGGUUGAGCGGUUGGAGAAAGAGAUAUCAGAGUUGUGGCAAGCUCUUACAGACAAACAAGAACAAGAACAAGCCAUGCUUCAGGUCUUGAUGCGGGUUGAACAAGAGCAGAAAGUAACAGAAGAUGCUCGCAUGUUUUCUGAGAAGGAUGCUGCUGAACAAAAAUAUGUUGCAAAUAUGCUCCAGGAAAGAUAUGAAGAAGCAAUGACUUUGUUUGCUCAAAUAGAAAAGAGGGCUAUAAUGGCAGAAACAAUGCUGGAGGCUACUUUGCAGUACCAGUCUAGCCAAACAAAAGCGCAGAAAUCUCCAUGCCCUUCCCCAAGCAGAACAUCCUUGGAUAACUCGCAUGUGAAGUCCGGUCAUGAUUCUCAACAGGAAUUUCCAUCUAAAAAAGUCAGUCUACUUUCUAGAUCAUUUGGCCUCGGAUGGCGUGACAAAAUCAAGGAUAAACCAAGCAGUCCUGAGGAAUCCCGCGAGAGGAAGAUCGAUAGGAAUUCAGCUCAAUUCAAACCUGCCGAAGAUAUGAAUGGUCACCCACAGCUAGAACAGCAAUAGUUUUCCUGAUGGGUGAACCAACUUCUCUCCUACCAGUUUCUUCUGCAAAUCUUAUAUUUACAUGAGGUUAAAUUUGAAUGAAUGUAAUAUCGAUGGUGGAGUAUUUGGCCUGCCUUAUUUAUCAACCGUUGCAUAUAAUUUGUUCAUUUGUUUCAUCCGAUCAUAAUUUUUGUUCAAGCAGGUUAUGCAAGUUGCAUUACUUCACUCAAUAUUUCUUUUUGUAAAACACACUAACAAAUUCUUGGGAAAUUUACAUGCAUACCACAUUACCUUUAUGUACUUGUAUAACUGACAACUUUCCUUUACAACAAUGUUUUUCAUAAA